UUAGUAAACAUAACAGUUUCUUAGUAACACGAAUGGCGGCAUACACAUGUUGGCAAGAUGUUCUUGACGACAUUACGAACCGCUUGAAGAAAACAAAAACAUUAACUCGGUUUUCUAAAUUAAAAAACAACGAAGAUCGUAUUGAAUAUUGUUUAAGGGAUGAUUUUAUCAGGAGCAAAGUACAGCAAUGGCUCAAUAUCAUGUGUUCAUCCCGCCAUAAAAAAUAUUGGGAAAAGGCAUCUGAAUUAAGAGCAGAAGGAAAUUUAUGUUUUCAAGAAAAGAAAUAUACCAAAGCUGUAGAAUUUUAUACACAGAGUAUUCUUGCUGCUCCUUUUCCAAAAUCAGAAGAUGCUGGUAAUCAUGCUGAAGAACUUUCUCUUGGUUUUGGAAACAGAUCUGCAGCUUUAUUUCAUUUAUUAAAAAAUGAGGAAUGUUUGAAAGAUAUUGAUAAAGCAAUUGAAUAUGAUUAUCCUCGAGAUCUCAGAUUCAAAUUGCUGCAAAGGAAGGGACAAUGUUUGAUGAAACUUAAUAAACCAGCUAAAGCUUUAGAUGCUUUGCAUGAAUCCUUAAAGUUGUUAGAAGAAGCACGUUUGGACAGUAGAAGAAUUGCACGGCAGCAGAAAGAAAUAGAAAUACUAAUUAAGACAGCUGAAGAAAUGGAACAGCCCAAGGAGGAUGAAACGCAUGAAGAUCAUAUUUUACCAUUAAGUUAUGGUCCACAUCCUUCAAUAGAAUCCGCUUCUGCUGGUAUUGAUGUAAAGUAUGAUAAAUCUAAAGGCCGCUAUAUUGUAGCAAACAGAACUUUAUCUCCUGGAGAUACGCUUUUUGUUGAAGAGCCUUAUGCUUCUGUUCUUUUACCUGUCCAUUAUCCUAGUCACUGCCAUCACUGCUAUACAAAAGCACUUGCUGUUGUCCCCUGCCAUCAAUGCUCCCAAGUCCGUUAUUGUAGCCAGCAGUGUGUAGAUGAAUCUUGGGAAAAAUAUCAUAAAUGGGAAUGUGGAAAUUUAGAUUCUUUACAUUCUGUUGGUAUUGCUCAUCUCAGUUUUCGAGUAAUUCUUGUUACAGCAUUGAGUUUUAUUCAGGAAAAUAGAGAAGAACUAGUCAAAUCAUCCAAUGCUGUUUAUCCAUUUGAUUUUCCUGAUGGAAAAUACAGAAGUGAUUAUUUUGCAGUGUAUCAUUUAGUAGCUCAUGAUGAUAUGCCUGCAGAGGACACCUUUCAGUAUGCACUGACUGCUCUCCUAUUACUGAUGUUGUUGGAUAAACUCAACUAUUUUGCCACUCUGGAGAGCCAGACAUUACGAGAAAGACUCAUUAGUUGCAAUCUGAACAGUAAGGUGGGGUCAGCACCUUCCACACCAACACACAAAUCCAGAAGUCCCGUCCAUUCUCGACUGUCCGUCAAUUCGGUCGAAGAAAGCGAGAUGCCAACUGGCCCUGCUUCCUUAGAGAUAUUUGUUGGAGGCCUCUUGCUUCGUCAUAUCUUGCAGCUUAUUUGCAAUGCGAAUGCAAUCACUGAGCUGCAAGCUGCUCCUCAGGCUAAUAAUACAAGUUCAGUCCUCAAUCAAAGACAAGUCAAAGUAGCUACUGGCAUUUUCCCAUCAGCGAGUCUGAUGAACCAUUCGUGCAAUCCUACAGUUAUAUCAAGUUUCUGUAAAAAUGUGCUGAUAGUUCGUUCAAUCACCGAUGUUGAACCAGGGCAUGAAGUUUUCAAUUGUUAUGGUCCACAUUAUCGUCGUAUGCCUCGUGAGGACAGACAAAGAGCUUUACUGGAACAAUAUUUCUUUGUCUGUGAGUGUGAUGCUUGUGUAAAUGAGGAUGAAAGGGAACAAAGAUUUCAAGCAUUAAAGUGUUCAUACUGUAGUGGCCCUCUACGAGCCCCUGAUAAUACAAAUAGGACUUCAUGUUUAGAUUGUGAUAAAAGUCAGGAUUGUGCUUCUCAGCUACAAAAGGUUUUUACUGCACAUGAUAUGUUUGUACAAGGACUACAGCUUGCUGCCAAAGGUAAUUUUAAAGAUGCUCUAGAAAGACUGAAGAAAUGCCAUAAAAUCCGAGAAAAAGUUAUGUACAAAUAUAAUCGGCAUCUUUCUGAGGUACAGGAUCAACUAGCAUGCUGCUAUGCCUCAUUAGACAAAAUGAUGCUUGCUGUGGAAUAUUUGCGACCAACUCUAGUCAUCACUGAGCACAUCUAUGGAAAGAAUAGUAUUGAAUAUGGCAAUGAACUGCAGAAGUUUUCUGAUCUUCUAAUCAAUGCCAUUCAUCAAGCCACCCAUGAACAUGCUCCUCAAGAUCAAGAAUUCAGGAAUUUGUUGGAUGAAGCAAAAUCUGUCCUUGAGAAGUCAUGUAACAUCUUCUCCAUCCACUAUGGGCCACACCAUGAAUCUCUGAAAGAAAUUCAUCAGAAGCAGAAGCAACUAGAAAUGUUCUUAGAGCAGUAAUUCAUUCCAUUGCUACUCUUCAAACUUGCAGCCUUGCUUGAAAUUCUGGUGCUGCUAAUGCUCUGCUCAGUCAUGCUAGGCAUGCAGGAUUUUUGGCCAAAGGGAAUUUUUGUCAGGUAUCUUUUUACUAAGUCUUUGUCCACAGCAGGGUGUUCGAGGGCAUAAUCCUUUCAGUGUUUAAGUAAAGGGUAAAAUAUCAAAAUAAGCUAUGUAAAUAAAGGAUGUCCACUUAAAGAAUGUAUUCACACUUUGAAUAAUUGUAUAUGAAGGAUUAACAACAUACAUUUAAGUUUUAUAAAAUUAUUUUGUAGCUAUGUCGAUUUUUUUUAAAAAUUAUUGGCU